AUGGAAGGGAUGCCUCCAUCUAUGAAUAAGGCAUCAGAUACAAAAUUUGAUGAUUCAGAUGAAUAUGAGGUGAUAGAAACAGAACCAGAUGGGGAUGAACCCAAGAAGGACAGGAAAAAUCAAUCUCCGGCGCCUCAGUUUAUAUAUAUAUAUCAUUCGCUAUCCGAAAUUCUGAUUUCAUUGGCAACGAGCAGAAGGAUUACUGCUACAACUACUUCUGUUUCUGCAUCUUCUGCAACUAGAAGAAUGGCUAAAGCAAUGGUAACUCUACCAGCUGCAUGGCUUUCUUCCACUAGCAUUAGCUUUCCAAGAAACCAAAGUGGUCGAUUAAAUCCUAGACGCUAUUCUCUUCUUCUCACUCGUUGUUCCACAGGCAUUCAUAGCAGCAACAAUGCUGCAAGAAGAAAUCCAGCCAUUGAACUGGAUUCCGAUUUAUAUUUACCAACUCCAACGUCAAAUUCACCACAUACAUCGUCAGAAUCCGAAGGUUUGGUCUUUGAUUUAGGUCCCAGGGAUUCCUGGGAUAGUACAGAAAUUGGAUCUCCGGUUGUAAAACGAUACAUCGGGGACAAUGAAGAAAGGUGGUACAUGUGGUACCAUGGACGCGGGUCGUCGUCGGAAUCAGAUGCUGAUCAGAACAAUUCAGGCAAGAUUGGAUUAGCUGUUUCAAGCAAUGGGAUUCACUGGACUCGCGGAUCACAACCUGUGAUGUCGUCUACAGAUGUAGGUGUAGUGAUGAAUUGCAGCAAGAAAUGGUGGGCUUUUGAUACGCGAAGCAUUAGGCCUUCAGAGAUGGUGAUCAUGUCGAGCCCGAUGUAUAGUUCAGUUUACUGGCUUUACUACACAGGAUUUAGUUCUGAACAAGUGGAAGUUUCUGUACAAAACCCAGAAAGAUUUCACCAUGAAAAUACAAAAAUCAGCAAAAUUUUCAAGUCUCUACCAGGUUUAGCCUGCAGCCAAGAUGGCAGACACUGGGCUAGAAUUGAAGGUGAUCAUCAUACUGGGGCUUUGCUCGAUGUAGGAUCUGGGAAGCAAUGGGACUCAUCAUUUAUUGCUGCACCACAAGUUGUUGUUCAUGCAAGUGAUGAUAUGAGGAUGUAUUACUACUCAUUUGAUGCAGAAAAUGGGAAUUUUGCCAUUGGAGUUGCAAGGUCCAGAGAUGGAAUCAGAUGGGUGAAAUUGGGGAAGAUCAUGGGAAGAGGAAAAAAAGGCUCUUUUGAUGAGCUUGGUGUUAGGAAUCCAUGUGUGAUAAAGAGCCGAAGAGAUGGAAACUACUUGAUGGCGUAUGAAGGAGUUGGUGCUGAUGGGAAGAGUAGUAUUGGAUUAGCAGCGUCAGAAGAUGGGCUCAAGGAUUGGGGAAGAGUUCAAGAAGAGCCGAUACUUGAGGCUUCAGAUGUGGGCCAUGGAUGGGACAACGAGGAAGUGAGAUCUCCAUGCAUGAUUGAGAUGGAAGAUGAAUGGAGAUUGUAUUAUGUUGGUGUUGGAAAAGGAGGAAGAACUGGAAUUGGAAUGGCAGUUUCAGAGGGAAGUAAUAUCAGGAUUUUCGGAAGAAGCUCACCAGGACUUACCUUGUAA